GACUGACAUGGCAGCAAAUGGAGCAAGAUGUGAACAGCGUCAGAAACGUGCAGGAGCUAAAGGAAAACAGAAUGGCAAGUCUGCAGACUUGUCCAUAAGAGAAAGGAGACAGAAGGAUAAGGAAAAGCGUAUGUCUCUGGUGUUAUGGAGGAAGCCUGUUACCACUCUACAUUAUUUCCUUCUGGAAACCCUCAUCAAAUUAAAGGAGUGGACAUUAAAGCUAUGGCAGCGACGAGGCACAGUGUUCUUAAUUUUGGUGUUAUGUUCUCUAUUCUCCAUCGCAUACUCCACUGAGGGAAGACAUCAGCAUUAUGUUCAGUACCUGGAGAAGAGGUUCUUAUGGUGUGCCUACUGGGUAGGCCUUGGGAUCUUGUCCUCAGUAGGCCUUGGGACUGGCCUGCACACCUUCCUUCUCUAUCUGGGUCCUCACAUAGCAUCAGUAACCCUGGCAGCAUAUGAGUGCGGCUCCACAGACUUCCCAGAGCCACCGUACCCAGACCAGAUUGUCUGUCCCCAAGGUGAAGUGGAGGACAGCAUCUCCCUCUUUUCCAUCAUGUCAAAGGUCCGACUAGAGGCCUGCAUGUGGGGUGCAGGCACUGCCAUUGGAGAGCUGCCUCCAUAUUUUAUGGCCAGAGCGGCACGUCAAUCAGGAGCUGAUCCAGAUGAUGAAGACUAUGAGGAGUUUGAGGAGAUGCUUGAGCAGGCUGAGGGCGCUCAGGAUUUUGUGACAAGAGCAAAACUGGGAGUUCAGCAUCUGGUUCAGAAAGUGGGAUUUUUUGGGAUCUUGACUUGUGCCUCAAUCCCUAAUCCUCUCUUUGACCUGGCUGGAAUCACCUGUGGUCAUUUCCUGGUUCCUUUCUGGACCUUCUUUGGAGCAACUCUAAUUGGGAAAGCCAUCAUCAAGAUGCACAUACAGAAACUAUUUGUUAUCAUGACUUUCAGCAAGCACAUAGUGGAGCAAAUGGUGUCACUCAUUGGGUCUGUGCCCAGAGUAGGACCAGCACUCCAGAAGCCCUUCAGUCAGUACCUGGAAGCACAGAGGAACAAGCUGCACCAUGCUGGAGGAAGUGCACCAGCAGAUGAGAACUGGCUGUCAUGGGUGUUUGAGAAGGUGGUGCUGGUCAUGGUCUGCUACUUUGUCAUCUCCAUCGUCAACUCCAUGGCCCAGAGCUACGCCAAGAGGCUGCAGCAGCUGAGGCACUCGGAGGAGAAAACCAAGUGAUGACGAGGCAAAGCGGUACAAACAUCGCAGCGACUGUGUUUGUGCUGCUGUUGAGAGCCCUCCACUCAGCCCCAGCCACUCACAGCUUAACAAACUUAACCCUCAUCCAUUCUCAAAGACGCUGAACCCUAAAAAAAAAAAACAAGCAUUUGUUGGUAUGUGUGCUUUUGAGGAUGUAUGUGCUGUUUACUUUUCAUCCCUCUUCAGGUUUUGUAGUUCUUCCUCUCAUCUCACUCUCUAGGUGUGUGUAGUGCGAUUGACUCUACUGCUGAUCUUAACAUUUUAUUUUAAUGACUAAAUUAACCCAUUCAUUGACCUCAGAAGUAAAGCAGCAGUUUGGUGGUGACUGCUGUGUGCGGGCAGUGCCCAUCAGAAGCUAUGCCUUAUGCAAGAUGGGAAGGUCUGACUUCCCUUGAAUAUAGUUCUUGACUUACAGACUUGAUUUUUAUUUAAUUUUGUAACAUGUAUUGUAUGUAUUGAUGGAUGUUUGUACAGCAUGCUGCCAGGACAACUGCUAUUGAUGGUCUUUCUUUUCAGGGUUAAAUUCUCCUCAUGUUUUUGGUCCAUUUAAACAGUAAGACCAGUUUCUGUUUUUGUGUGGAACUGUCUUUUUAAAAUGGUGGGAAAGAGCAAUAUUGACUUAAAACAGUGUGGUAUUGAUUGUUUGCACAUUGUGUAAAUAUCUUAACGUCUUUCUGACAGUAUGCGCAGAUGUAUUUCUCUGCUAAAGGUCUGUGCUGAGUCAACUUAAAAACAAAAAAGGUGAAAUCAUUUGUAAAGUGAUAUUGUACUCUCAGCUAACUAGUCCCAUUUCUAUUCUGUACAUUUAGGUUGAAACUUUGAUCAGAUCAUAUAUAAAAUAGGUUAACUCAUGGAA